AUGAGGAUUGGAGGGGAAGUUGUUUGUUAUUGUUCCGUCUUGGAGUGUCUGAUGUAUGUCACGUGAAGUAAUAUAAGAACGACGGGAUGCCAGGAACAAAGUGCCUCUCAAGUUUCCAACUCCUUUGACAUCUCUCUCAAGAGGAGGGUCUGAAGAGCCUAGCAGGAACUGGAUGACUGCCUACUGUCAGACGUUUCUGUGCGCAUGAAAUUAACACUAACAUUUAGUUGAUUUUACUUUGCUCAGCUCCUGUUACUUCAUUCCCAUUCCUCUCUGUUGACGACGCUGCUUCCCUCGCGCUUGGAAAUUAGUCGCAUUACCAUCGACCAUGGCUCCUCAAGAUCCAGUUGCGGAACAAACCCACCAGCAACUUCUCAACCGCCUGGAUAUCGCGCCGAUACCUCGUCCAUUCCGCAACCCGAACUGGCGGCCAUCGCAGCGUCGGAACAAGAAUGUCAAGCAACUCCUUUCAGAAGCCUCAAGAAAGGAAGCGUCAACGAACCCGACACAGGCGAACUCCGGAGCGACGACACCCUUUGCGGCUGGUACAUCAGGCACUACGGAUGGCUCGCAAACUCCGACCGAAGGGGCUGCACGAGCUCCCAAUUUCUCACAAGCAGCUCAGAACUUGUCUGCGCUCGUUCUGGAGAAAAAUGCGCGGGCAACGUUUCCCUCUGGUCCUGCGGUGACAUAUACAAAUAUUGAAUCGGCGCCAUCUUUACAUCCGUCAUGCCAAAGACACUACUGCGACAUCACAGGUUUACCAGCUCCGUAUACGGACCCGAAAACCAGGCUACGGUAUCAUGAUAAGGAAGUGUUUGCGGUGAUCAGAACGUUGGGCCAAGGUGUGCCGGAGAGUUAUCUCGAAGCCAGAGGAGCUCAUAUCGUGUUGAAGUGAAGCUCUCCCACUUCGUCUCUCUACAUCGCGCUACGAAGGUCGUGGCAAGAAAGAACCAGAUUCUACGACUACUAUCCAGUAUGGACGUCAUGUAAGAUCAUCACAGUCAAGCCUUUUCCACCCACCGUGCCCCUUUCGAGACAGGCUCAAGAAAACGCUCCGGCUUAUUCGUGACCUCAGUAGUGGUCGAUCUCCGCCAUGUGCUGCAUGCACUCGACUAGUACCGACGCUCCACCGACAGGGAGCACCAGUUACAGCAUCCACAGAUACUGUCGCCGCGGCGGUUGGCAUUGUACCAAGAAAAACAAGGCUGGGAAGGGAGAAGGGAGAUAUUGGGCAGCUGCCUCAGUAUGGAUAUCUAGAUAGAUUAGUGUUGAUAAAAAUGAAUACUGUUAACAUGCCCAGUGAUCCAUUUCAUUUGGCAAGAAGAGUCAAAAAUCCAUAAUCCAUUUUCCUGAUAGACUGAUCUAAUGCAGAUCAAGAAAAGUUCUUUGAUAAUGAUAUUGAG